UUGUGAUCGGUUGUCGGGUGCGGCAUGCGCUGCUACAAGUGAGCAUAGUGGAUGAAUAGUGACAAAUUUAAGUAUAUGAAAUGUUAUACGUCCCAGAGUCACAGCAAUAAAUUUGUUAAUAUUUGUUUUUGAGAAAUUUUAGGGAAAGUGUUUAAUACACGGUAAGUUUAAAUAUUAUGCGUAAAUACGCAUAUAAUCAUGAUUAUGUACAUCUAAAGUGAGUGCCAAACAAAUCUCGAAUGCAAUGGAUUGUUAGUUGGGCAGUGACAGUUUAAAAUAAAGUGCUAUCAACUUGAAUUCGAUGGUUAAAGAAAAGUAAACUUUUUUUGUGAAGUGAUUGAAAACCAAUUUACAUCUGGAAGAAACGGAUUGGAUUUUGUGUUUGAUCGGGUUAACGUAGAUUAUAAAAAUGCGUGAAUACAAAAUUGUUGUACUAGGCUCAGGGGGUGUAGGAAAAUCUGCUUUGACAGUGCAGUUUGUACAAGGUAUAUUUGUAGAAAAAUAUGAUCCAACAAUAGAAGAUAGUUAUAGAAAACAAGUGGAAGUAGAUGGCCAACAAUGUAUGUUGGAAAUUCUGGAUACAGCUGGAACAGAACAAUUCACAGCAAUGAGAGACUUGUAUAUGAAAAAUGGUCAAGGUUUUGUUUUGGUUUAUUCAAUAACAGCACAAUCUACUUUCAAUGAUCUUCAGGAUUUAAGAGAACAAAUACUUAGAGUAAAAGACACAGAUGAUGUUCCAAUGGUUUUAGUUGGUAAUAAGUGUGAUUUGGAAGAUGAAAGAGUUGUUGGAAAAGAACAGGGGAUCAGCCUUUCGCGUCAGUUUAGCUGUGUUUUUAUGGAAACGUCUGCCAAAGCAAAAAUUAAUGUUUAUGAUAUAUUUUAUGAUCUAGUUCGACAAGUCAAUAAGAAAUCUCCAGUGAAACAACCGAAGAAACCUAAACCCAGAUGUAUGCUUCUAUAAUUUUAGGAAAUUCUUGGAACCAAAAAGUACAUUAAAACGAUUUAAAGACAAUUAUAUAUGUAGAGUGUAAAAGAGGCAAGUGCGGACUAAAAGUCUCUUGCAGUGAAGUUUUUUAAAGCUCUGUAUAUCAUUCUUUUAACACUAAUUUAAAUAUUUGUAAUAAAUAAAGUUGUCAGUUAAUUUUUCCACAA